AGACUCGAGCAAUAAGUGCGUCCGCGGGGGUUUGGCCUGUUAAGAAACAUUAUACUACAUUGAAAUGACUGACGGUGCAACAACAGCAGGAUCUAAUCUCACGGAUAGUGCAUUUACAGCUUUAAAAUCCUCCCUCGGAUUUCUUCUGCUCGCCGAUAAAGUGGAAUCGCUGUCCAGCGGUGAGAGGUGACCGGCUGGGUGUGUUGGCUUCAGCUUCAGCUUCAGCUUCGUCGCGUUUCAUGCCGCUUGUCAAUGAACGUGUGUUUAUGUGAAGUCGUUUUACAGAACUCGCUGGAUUUGUCUGAUACAUAAGGGCCAAAAUGAGCUCCGCGGUUUAUGUUUUAUCCACUGUGACCGGAUAUGUGCUCACCUCCGCGUUUCUGCUGAAGUGUCCGACCCUGCUUCGCCGGAGAAAGAGAGAGACUUUCCGCAGCAGACACAUCUCACACCGGGGCGGUGCUGGUGAGAACUUGGAGAACACAAUGGCAGCCUUCAGGCAUGCUGUCAAACUAGGCACUGACAUGUUGGAAUUGGACUGUCAUUUGACCAGAGAUGAGCACGUGGUUGUACUGCACGAUUCAAACCUGAAGAGGUCGACCGGCAUCAAUGCGUACAUCUCUGAUGUGGCUUAUGCUGAUCUUCCACCUUAUCUUUGUAAGCUCGGGGUGACUUUCAAGCGAGAGUGCUUCUGUGAAGGAGGAGAUGACGAACGCAUCCCUUUACUAAAAGAUGUGUUUGAAGCGUUCCCAAGUACCCCUGUAAAUAUCGAUAUCAAGGUCAACAAUGACACACUCAUCAAGAAGGUGUCUGAGCUAGUCAUCCAGUAUGACAGAGAGCACUUGACUGUUUGGGGAAACUCGAGGAACGAAAUUGUUAAGAAAUGUUACAAAGAGAAUCCACGAAUCCCACUCUUGUUCAGCUUGCCAAGAGUUCUGCUGUUAUUGGGUCUUUUCUACACGGGCCUUUUGCCCUUUGUCCCACUCAAAGAGCAGUUCCUGGAGAUUCCUAUGCCUUCCAUUGUCUCAAAACUCCGAGACCCCGAGCAUCAGACCAGAAGUCAGCGUUUCCUAACAUGGCUGGCAGACGUGCUUCUAAUGAGAAAAUCUCUAUUCGAUCAUCUGAAAGGCAGAGGAAUACAGGUGUAUGUCUGGGUGUUAAACGAUGAGGAGGACUUUAAACGUGCCAUUGACCUUGGGGCUACAGGGAUUAUGACAGACUAUCCCACCAAGCUGAAGGAGUUCCUGGAGAAAAACAACUACACUGCCGCUCUGAAAUAAGACUUGACAGCUAAAGUGAACACUCAGUAGGUUUUUCCAUCAGAUCUUUGGCUUCUUCGGUAUUGAAUGGACCCAGCAUUCUUUGUUUAUGACAGCGAGUGUGGAAGUAAGGGCAGCUAUUAGUUCGAGAUUCUUCAGCAAUCAAAACCAACACCCAAAAACGAAAAUCAAUUUCAUCAUUUACUCAACCUCAUGUUGUUCCAUACCUGUAUGACUUUCAGAAGAAACUUUGAGAAAUGUACUUGUCACUCCUUUCCCAUGAAGCUACACUGUAUGGGGACUGUAAUUUUCAGUCAUUGAACAAACACUAAAGCACCAUAUACAAGUAUGACGCGAGCAAUUUUGUGCCUCAGUCUUCUUUCAACAAAACCAUUAGAUUUGGAAGUUUCAGGUCUAGAAUCUUUCAAAACAUAUUGGACAUCAUGAAUAUAGUCUGUAGCCUAAAAAAUAUAGAAAGCUAAAUGUGUCUGGGGUAAUGAUGAAUUAUAAUGUAAAUCUUAUGGUAAUGUUUUGAGUGUCAUGAUAUCUCUGUGGUGAAGUUUACAAGUGAAUGAUUGUCUAAAUGACAAGCUACUGAUUUUUUUUCUUGGGGGUUUAUUGUGGAAUUGGUAAGUGACUUAUACUAGAGCAUUUUAACAGUUUUUUUCUUGUUGUUUAUUAAAGGUUUUUUAUUUUUUACUGUCCAAAGAUAAUGUAUGCGUGUGACCUCCGGCAAAGGUGAGGUUCUGCAUAGUCUAAUACAUCUUGCCAGUCACACGUUUAGAUAUACUUAUACUUAUUUCUCAUCAAUAUUGAUUAAAACUUCAGAAUUUCAAAGCUGCUUUCCUAGAUUACAACUCAAUCGACUUCAUUGAUUGAAGGAGUUCCUGUAUGCUGAACCUUGUUGGGAUGUAGAGUAUGCAAAAUGCAGACAAGUCGGCUAUUCAAAAACAAUUUGUAUGCAAGAACAAUUUAAAUUAUUUACAUAUAUAAGCAGAAGCGUUUAAAUAAAUAUGCAUUUUAUAAGAUCAUGGGAAAUAUAUAAACCUUUAUGCCUUGGUGUGUCAAAUUUUGUUUCUGGUAGCGUUUACUUUUAGAUACUUUUUGGAAAGAAGGACAUUAGAGUUUUACUGAGUCGCAAACAAAGACGAAACAGUGGGUGGGCAUGAUGGAUAAAAUGUUCAGAUGUUUUUAAAUCAUUUUUUGCUGUUAUUCAUCUUCAUCACUUUUUCUACAAAAAUUAGCAUUAGUUUGUGUAUGAACCCAGUGUAUUCUUUGUAAUGUUAGAUUGUUGUACUGUAAUUCCGUAACGUUAUGACAAAGGUUACUUGGUUCGCCUCUGAAUUUCUUACUGCCAUGAAAUAAAUUUGACAGUGAAUAUGCAUUCACUCUUUCUUGC